GACAUGAGGUUACUCCCCUGCACUCCACAGUUCUUUCAUCCCACAACGUCAGCCUCUUCCGCCUUCUGGAGGAUAGAAACCGAGCCCUAAAGCUUGAGGUGUCUACCCUUCGCCAGGAGAAACAGCAGUACAUAACACUGAAAACUAAGCUCCAGGAUGCGUUGCAGGAGAAAAAUCGCCUGAACCUUGAGUUGUCCAGCCACAACCUGAAGGUAUCCAAGUAUGACCAGGUAAGGUCAGAAUAUGAGCAACUUAGACACACCUAUAGCACUGUGAGUCAGGAGAGAGACUUGGCUCAAGAGGAGAGGAAACAGCUCCAAGGCAAACUGGAGAACCUCGAGCAGGUCCUCAAGCAUAUGCGAGAGGCUGCAGAGAGGAGGCAGCAGUUGGAAGAGGAGCAUGAGCAGGCCCUGGCUGUCCUCACCACCAAGCAGCAGGAGAUUCACCUUCUGCAGAGGGCUCAGGUUAAAGCUGAGAAAGAGCAUGAGGGAGCGGUCCACCUGUUAGAGAACCAUUUGGACAGAAUGCAGGUCAAGGUUCGCGACCUGGAGCUGAAAUGCAGGUCACAGACUGAACAGUUUGGCCAGCUGUCCAAGGACCUGGAGGAUUUCCGUCUGGAGGCAGAUACUGUAGACAUCCUCAGCACUGAGCCUUUCUCCAAACACAACGUUCCCUUUCGCCCAGAAAAUAAACUCUCUCAAAUCCUCAACGGACUGGCAGCCCAGGCAGGGAAAGGCGAUGAGAGCUCGGCAAACACUCGGCUGAUAUCCAAGUUCCUCCGCCCACUGCAGAUCGGAGACAGAGACAGGCCAGAACUGCUGUCUGUCAAUCCCUCCACUGUGACAACGAGCUGCCCCAGCAGCCCGCGACGGGUGACUCCCUCAGAGAUGGAGGAUGAGAUCCGUCGUGCACCCAGGUCCAAGCCUCGCUACACUGGCACAGUCCGUCUAUGCACUGCCCGCUACAGUUACAACCCUUAUGAUGGGCCUAAUGAGCACCCAGAGGCAGAGCUCCCCCUGGUGGCUGGGAAGUACCUGUAUGUGUACGGCACAAUGGAUGACGACGGCUUCUACGAAGGGGAGCUGCUGGAUGGCCAGCGAGGACUGGUCCCCUCCAACUUUGUGGAGUUUGUCCAAGACAAGGAGAAACCAUCCAUCCAGCCAGGGGACACAGGGGAGGACCUGGGCUCUCUGGACAAUACCUCCCUGGGCCUAAUGGGGGCCGAUGGAGGGCCCCCUCAGGAUGGGCUACUGGGCUCCACCAACCCACUGGGCCCCUGCAGCAACGGCACAGGGACCCUGGACCCUGAGGAUCUGUCUGAUGACAUUGUGCCUUACCCCCGGAGGAUCACCCUAAUCAAGCAGUUGGCCCGUAGCGUCAUUGUGGCCUGGGAGCCCCCCAUGGUGACUCUGGGCUGGGGAAACAUCAGCUGCUACAACGUGCUGGUGGAUGGUGAGGUGCGUGCCAGCGUGCCCUACGGGGGCAGGACCAAGUCUUUGUUGGAGAAGCUUGAUCUGGACACGUAUACGCACCGCGUGUCCGUGCAGAGUGUGACAGACAGGGGACUGUCGGACGAGUUACGCUGCACCCUGAUGGUGGGAGCCAACGUGGUGGUCGCGCCAUAUGGCCUGCGUGUGGACGACAUCCUGCGCGACUCGGCCGAGCUCUCCUGGUUGCCCAGCAACAGUAACUAUGGGCACACGGUGUUCCUGGAUGGGGCGGAGCAUGCGGUGGUGCGGCCGGGGAGGUACAGGCUGCGCUUCGUCAACCUCAAGGCCAUGAUGGUGUACAAGGUGAGGGUGGUGGCCCGGCCACACCAGGUGCCAUGGCAACUGCUCAUGGAGCAGAGGGAGAAGAAGGAGACUGCUGUGGAGUUCUGCACACAAGCUGCUGGCCCCCCAUUACCCCCUCAGGAGGUGCAGGUGCAGUGUGGCCAGGCCCCAGGGGUCCUGCAGGUGCGCUGGAAGCCCCCUGUCCUCUCACCCACCGGAACCUCCAAUGGAGCCAGCGUCAUCGGAUAUGCAGUCUGCACUAAAGGACAGAGGAUAGCGGAGGUGUUGUACCCCCUGGCUGACUAUGUAACAGUGGAGCUGAACAGGAUCCAGUGUCUGGAGGCCAGGGAGGUCAUCGUCAGGACAUUGUCAGCACAGGGAGAGUCCCAGGACUCCCAAGUCGCCCCCAUUCCAAACAACCUACUGGUGCCUCUUCCUCACAAUGCCCCCCUGUCCCCUCCGCACCUACACGCAGGGCCCCCUCCACCUCACCCCCAUGCCCCCCCACCCCACCUCCAGUCACCUCACCUCCCCCACCCCCAACUACCCAUGCCUCACCCCCAGCCUCUCUCACCCCUGCCUCACAGACAACCCCUCCCUAACCACCCUCCUCACCCUCAACCCCAGACACACCUCCAACCCCUGCAACCUCAUCCUGUCUCCCAGCCCCAGACUCACCAACAGCCUCACCCUCACCCUGGUGGUCCUCCACUGCCACUGCACCUCCAGCCUCACCCACCUCACCCAAUGCCCCAGCACCGCCUACCCCUGCUGCCUCAUCCCCCUCAGCUCCACCAGAGACCAGUUAGUGCCAGAGACCUGAAACCGAAAGAGCAGGUGGCUCACCAUGGGGGAAUCCCCAGCCAGCCCUGGGACCCUACCUGCUCCCCCUCCGGCCAGCCUCCUCCGACCCCCAUGCAUGGACACACCCUGGAGGCGCCCCCCUCUGCUAACCUGCGCUCGCCCUCCCCCCAGAGGAUCCUGCCCCAGCCCAGGGGCACCCCCAUCCCAGACCAAAUGGCCAAAGCCAUCGCCCGCAAGGCAGCACAGAGGGUGGCUGCAGAGAGUGGCAGAAUGGAGAGGAGAGUCAUCUACAAUGAGCAGUGUCAGGCCUUCCACCAACAGAACUCAGACGAGGAGGAGGAGGAUGAGGAAGGGUAUGGUCGAAGCCGCAGGAAACAGGGGGCCUCAGUGGAUGAGUUUCUCAGAGUCGAGCUGGGCAGGCCGGCCCACUACAGCCACAGUGAGGAGUACCACAGUGACAGCAGCCGGGGCUCUGACCUUUCUGACAUCAUGGAGGAGGAUGAGGAGGAGCUCUACUCUGAGAUGCAGCUGGAGGAGGGACGACGACGCAACUCCCACAAUGCACUCAAGAUUGGGAACACCCUCUCUGGGGGUCGGCUGGAUCGGGAGACGGGGAGAAGAAUGCCCCGAGACGGUCCACAGCCCCAGAGACGCCCUCUCAUGGUGCCCUCCAUUGAGAUAACCACAGAGAGUAACAGUGAUGGGAACCUCUCAUCCGUCACGGAGGAUGUUUACUAUGGCAGUGUAGCACGGCACAGGACAUGGUCGUCCCGCCGACACCCCACGGGCUCCAAGCCUUCUUACAAUGAGGGAUACAGGGACCGGGAACGCCGCUCCCCUCCUAACUACGAUGAGUCGGAACCAGAGGAAUCGUUCCGGAUCUUUGUGGCUCUGUUUGACUACGACCCCCUGUCCAUGUCUCCCAACCCGGACGCAGCAGAUGAGGAACUGCCCUUCAAAGAGGGCCAGAUCAUUAGGGUAUAUGGUGAUAAGGACACAGAUGGUUUCUACCGAGGGGAGAUCAGGGGAGGCAGGAUGGGGCUCUUGCCCUGCAACAUGGUGUCAGAGAUCAGGGCUGAGGACGAGGAGACCAUGGACCAGCUCAUCAAGCAGGGCUUCCUCCCGCUCAACACACCAGUGGAUAAAGUAGGAAUAGGGCAGGACAGACGAGGCUUCCGCCAGCACCAGGCCACCAGGAGGAUGGUGGCCCUCUACGACUAUGACCCCAGAGAGAGCUCCCCCAAUGUGGAUGUGGAGGCUGAGCUGACCUUCUGUGCUGGUGACAUCAUCUCUGUAUUUGGAGAGAUUGAUGAAGACGGGUUCUACUAUGGUGAAAUCAAUGGCCACCGCGGCCUCGUUCCCUCUAAUUUUCUAGAAGAAGUGCCUGACGACGUGGAGGUGUACCUGACGGACACUCCGUCUCGCUAUGCCCAGGACGAGCCCGCCAACCGGGCCGAGGCCAAAAGGGUACAUCGCCGCUCUCAGCGCUAGGCCCUCUGUCCAUCCAUCCUCCGUCUCUCUUGAUUUACGUCUCGCUUUCUCCACUUGCAGUCUGUGUUCUGUGUGUGUGUGUGUUGUCUGUGUUUGACAGUGACAGUGGUGAAUAUACAAACCUUACCCCCCCCGCCUGGUGAAAGGGACAAACACAGUCAUACCUUCUGAUUGUUAGAAAGGAAGAAGCGAAGGCCAAAGUGGACAGAGAAAUAGAACACUUGACCUAUGUCAGUACGGGGCAGGUGAUAUUCACAUAGCAGUGACAAAGGACAGUGGAUAUUUGAAAAAGGUUUAAGUCAUUAAUUGGGUACCCUCUUUGCACUGAAACACAAAACCAAACGCUGGAUAUUGUGUCUAUUAAUAGUGCUUUAUGAACACAUCUGAAGAGUUCCUGAUUUCUAUCAGUUGUUCUCCAAUGGAAGUAAAGGAUUUGAGUAAACUGUAGGGGUUGAUAAUAUAGCAAAGCAUGCCUUUUCAAAAAUAAACUUGAUACCUUUUAUAUAAUAGUAGACUUUAUUGGCCCGACUGCUGUAUUUCCUGGGAGAGGCUUUGUUUCUUUUUGUAUACUGCACACACUUAAAAUAUAUAUAUUUUUCAGGUCUUGAUGAAAUUGGAUAGAUAUGCCAUGUUUGAUCUAAACCAGAUGAAAUAACAGCCACAGUGAGACAUCCAUACUGUAAUGGUACAAUGGAACAAUAAAAUCAGAAAUUGGAUAUGAAUCAUUUUCAA